GGAUUAUGGGGGGCUGGAUGGGAGCAAUGCCCCUGAAUUCCUCGCAUGCCCGUUCAUUUGGAGUACCUUUGCCAUUAAUGCAAGGGGAUUGACUUUGCCAGUGUAGAUUUCAAACAUGCCAGUUUGAUUCAUCACUGGAAGUCAUUAUGAAAAGCAUUAGCAACAAGAGAGUCAACCUUUUUAUUUUGCAGUACUGCCCAGUGUUGUGCCUGUACACUACCCGUUUCAAUUAUCAAGAGUGUUAUCAGAUAAACUGCAGCCAUGUCAUCAGAUGCUGAGAUGGCAGCCUUCGGGCCAGCUGCCCCUUAUCUCCGAAAGUCAGAAAAGGAGAGGAUUGAGGCUCAGAAUAAGCCAUUCGAUGCCAGAACUGCAGUCUUUGUGGUGGACCCGAAGCAGUCCUUUGUGAAAGGCACUAUUCAGAGCAAGGAAACAGGGAAGGUCACAGUCAAAAAGGACGGUGGAGACACUGUGACAGUUAAGGAUGACCAAGUCUUUCCUAUGAACCCUCCCAAAUUUGAUAAGAUUGAAGACAUGGCCAUGAUGACCCAUCUCCAUGAACCUGCUGUCCUGUAUAACCUCAAAGAGCGUUAUGCAGCCUGGAUGAUCUAUACCUAUUCAGGACUCUUCUGUGUCACCGUCAACCCCUACAAGUGGUUGCCAGUGUACAACCCAGAAGUUGUUAAUGCCUACAGGGGCAAAAAGCGUCAAGAGGCCCCUCCCCACAUCUUCUCCAUCUCUGACAACGCGUAUCAGUUCAUGCUAACUGAUCGUGAGAAUCAGUCCAUCCUGAUCACUGGAGAAUCUGGUGCUGGAAAGACUGUGAACACGAAACGUGUCAUUCAGUAUUUUGCAACAAUUGCUGCAGCUUCCGAUAAGAAGAAAGAAGAACCACAGCAAACUGGCAAACUAAAGGGCACCCUUGAGGAUCAAAUCAUCAGUGCCAACCCCUUGCUGGAGGCCUUUGGGAAUGCCAAGACUGUGAGGAAUGACAACUCUUCACGUUUUGGUAAAUUCAUCAGAAUCCAUUUUGGUGCUACUGGCAAACUUGCUUCUGCAGACAUUGAGACAUAUCUGCUGGAAAAGUCCAGAGUCACUUUCCAGCUAAAAGCUGAAAGAAGCUACCACAUCUUUUAUCAGAUCAUGUCUAACAAGAAGCCAGAACUGAUUGAGAUGCUCCUGAUCACCACCAACCCCUACGACUAUCACUUUGUGAGUCAGGGUGAGAUCAGUGUUGCCAGCAUUAAUGAUCAGGAAGAGCUGAUGGCAACUGAUGAAGCCAUUGAAAUCCUGGGCUUUACUCCUGAAGAAAGAACAGCCAUUUACAAGCUGACAGGGGCUGUCAUGCAUUAUGGGAACAUGAAGUUCAAGCAGAAACAGCGUGAGGAGCAGGCUGAGCCAGACGGCACAGAAGUUGCUGACAAGGCUGCCUACCUCAUGAACCUCAAUUCAGCAGAUCUCCUGAAAGCUCUGUGCUUUCCUCGUGUCAAAGUCGGCAAUGAGUAUGUCACCAAAGGUCAAACUGUCCAGCAGGUGUACAAUAACGUGGGUGCUCUUGCAAAAGCAGUUUACGACAAGAUGUUCUUGUGGAUGGUGGUUCGUAUUAACCAGCAGCUGGAUACUAAGCAGUCCAGACAAUAUUUCAUUGGUGUCCUGGACAUCGCUGGCUUUGAGAUUUUCGAUUUCAACAGCUUAGAGCAGCUCUGUAUCAACUUCACCAAUGAGAAACUGCAACAGUUCUUCAACCACCACAUGUUUGUGCUGGAACAAGAGGAGUACAAGAAAGAAGGAAUUGAAUGGACUUUCAUAGACUUUGGCAUGGAUUUGGCUGCUUGCAUUGAACUUAUUGAGAAGCCCAUGGGCAUUUUCUCCAUCCUGGAAGAAGAGUGCAUGUUCCCCAAGGCAACAGACACUUCUUUCAAGAACAAGCUCUAUGAUCAACAUAUUGGCAAAUCUCCUAAUUUCCAGAAGCCCAAACCUGUCAAAGGCAAGGCUGAGGCUCACUUCGCUCUGGUGCAUUAUGCUGGCACUGUGGACUAUAACAUCAAUGGCUGGCUGGAGAAGAACAAGGACCCCCUGAAUGAUACAGUGGUGGGGCUUUACCAGAAGUCUUCUAUGAAGACUUUGGCUUUACUGUUUGCUGAUCGCCCUGCGGAUGCUGAGGGCAGCGGCAAGAAAGCUGCAAAGAAGAAGGGUUCCUCCUUCCAGACUGUCUCUGCUCUUUUCAGGGAGAACCUAAACAAAUUGAUGACCAAUCUGAGAAGCACUCACCCGCAUUUUGUGCGCUGCAUUAUUCCCAAUGAAACCAAAACACCAGGUGCAAUGGAUCACGAGCUUGUGCUGCACCAGCUGAGGUGUAAUGGAGUGUUGGAAGGCAUCCGUAUUUGCAGAAAAGGAUUCCCCAGCAGAAUCAUUUAUGGUGAUUUCAAACAGAGGUACAAGGUUUUAAAUGCCAGUGCCAUCCCAGAGGGACAGUUCAUUGACAGCAAGAAAGCUAGUGAGAAGCUUCUUGCAUCCAUUGAUAUUGACCACACCCAGUAUAAAUUUGGACAUACUAAGGUGUUUUUCAAAGCUGGUCUUUUGGGUCUUCUAGAAGAGAUGAGAGAUGACAAGUUGGCUCAGCUGAUAACACGUACACAGGCUAUGUGUCGUGGGUUCUUAGCAAGAGUAGAAUACCAGAAAAUGUUGGAAAGAAGAGAAGCCAUCUUUAGUAUUCAAUACAACAUCCGUUCCUUCAUGAAUGUCAAGCAUUGGCCAUGGAUGAAGUUGUACUUUAAGAUAAAGCCUUUGUUGAAGAGCGCCGAGGCAGAGAAAGAGAUGGCCACAAUGAAAGAAGAGUUUGCAAAAACGAAGGAUGAACUUGCAAAGUCAGAGGCCAAGCGGAAACAGCUGGAAGAAAAACUGGUGUCUCUGAUGCAAGAGAAGAAUGAUCUGCAGCUCCAAGUCCAGUCUGAAUCUGAUGCUGUGGCAGAUGCUGAGGAGAGAUGCGACCAGCUGAUCAAAACCAAGAUCCAGCUGGAAGCUAAAAUUAAGGAACUGACUGAACGGGCAGAAGAUGAAGAGGAAAUGAAUGCUGAGCUGACAGCCAAAAAGAGGAAACUGGAGGAUGAGUGCUCAGAACUGAAGAAAGACAUUGAUGACCUUGAGCUGACUCUGGCCAAGGUUGAAAAGGAGAAGCAUGCCACAGAAAACAAGGUCAAAAACGAAAUCAGUGAGCGUCUGGAGGAAGCUGGUGGGGCAACAGCAGCUCAGAUUGAGAUGAACAAGAAGCGUGAGGCUGAAUUCCAGAAAAUGCGCCGCGACCUUGAAGAGGCCACUCUGCAGCAUGAAGCCACUGCCGCUGCCCUUCGCAAGAAGCACGCAGACAGUGUAGCUGAACUUGGGGAACAAAUCGAUAACCUUCAGCGAGUGAAACAGAAGCUGGAGAAAGAGAAGAGUGAGCUGAAGAUGGAGAUUGAUGACCUUGCUAGCAACAUGGAGUCUGUCUCCAAAUCAAAGGCCAAUCUUGAAAAAAUGUGCCGCACCCUGGAAGACCAGCUUAGUGAGUUUAAAACAAAGGACGAAGAGCAUCAGCGUACGAUUAAUGACCUGAAUGCUCAAAGAGGUCGCCUACAGACUGAAGCAGGUGAAUACUCGCGACAGGUAGAUGAAAGGGACAGUUUGAUCUCCCAGCUUUCCAGAGGCAAGCAAGCUUUUACUCAACAAGUUGAAGAACUGAAGAGACAACUUGAGGAAGAGAUAAAGGCAAAGAAUGCACUGGCCCAUGGCUUGCAGUCUGCUCGUCAUGAUUGUGACCUGCUCCGAGAGCAAUAUGAAGAGGAGCAGGAAGCCAAGGCUGAGCUGCAACGUGCCAUGUCCAAGGCCAACAGUGAAGUGGCCCAGUGGAGAACCAAGUAUGAGACGGAUGCCAUUCAAAGGACUGAAGAACUGGAAGAGGCCAAGAAAAAGCUUGCCCAGCGUCUCCAGGAAGCUGAAGAACAUGUUGAAGCUGUGAAUUCCAAAUGUGCUUCUCUUGAGAAGACAAAACAGAGGUUGCAGAAUGAAGUGGAGGACCUGAUGAUUGAUGUGGAAAGGUCCAAUGCAGCCUGCGCAGCUCUAGACAAGAAGCAGAAGAACUUUGAUAAGAUUCUGGCUGACUGGAAGCAAAAAUAUGAGGAAACUCAGUCUGAACUGGAAGCUGCCCAGAAGGAGUCUCGCUCUCUCAGCACAGAGCUCUUUAAGAUGAAGAAUGCUUAUGAGGAAUCAUUGGACCACCUGGAAACUCUGAAGCGAGAGAACAAGAAUCUCCAACGUAAGGCCAUCAUCUUUACACAGGCAUUCAGCAGAGCUGGUCCAUAUUUCUACCCUAAUGGAUUAAAAAAACAGAGUAUAUACAGACUUCCACCAUGUGUCCUCUUAUUCUUUGCUUUCAAGGCCUCACUAGAACAUGAGGAAGGGAAGAUCCUCCGCAUCCAGCUAGAGCUCACCCAGGUGAAGGCUGAGAUUGACAGAAGAAUUGCAGAGAAGGAUGAAGAGAUUGAUCAGCUGAAGAGGAAUCACUUGAGGGUGGUAGAAACCAUGCAGAGCACACUGGAUGCUGAGAUCAGGAGCAGAAAUGAGGCUAUGCGGCUCAAGAAGAAGAUGGAGGGGGAUCUGAAUGAAAUGGAAAUCCAGCUGAGCCAUGCCAACCGCCAAGCUGCUGAGGCCAUGAAGAACCUCAGGAACACACAAGGACUGUUAAAAGACACACAACUACAUUUGGAUGAUGCCCUCCGUGGUCAAGAAGAUCUAAAAGAGCAGUUGGCCAUGGUGGAGCGCAGGGCUAACCUGAUGCAAGCUGAGAUAGAGGAACUCCGGGCAGCUCUGGAACAGACAGAGAGGGGCAGGAAAGUGGCUGAACAGGAACUGCUGGACGCCAGCGAGCGUGUGCAGCUCCUCCACACACAGAAUACCAGCUUGAUCAACACCAAGAAGAAAUUGGAAACAGAUAUAGCCCAAAUCCAAAGUGAAAUGGACGAGAUAAUUCAGGAAGCACGCAAUGCAGAAGAAAAGGCCAAGAAGGCCAUCACUGAUGCAGCCAUGAUGGCAGAGGAAUUAAAGAAGGAGCAAGACACCAGUGCUCACCUAGAGAGGAUGAAGAAGAACCUGGACCAGACUGUGAAGGACCUGCAGCACCGUCUUGAUGAAGCAGAGCAGCUGGCACUGAAAGGAGGGAAGAAACAGAUCCAGAAACUGGAGGCCAGGGUUCGUGAGCUGGAAUCUGAGUGUGAGAAUGAGCAAAAGCGGAGUGCUGAAGCUAUCAAAGGUGUGCGGAAGUAUGAGAGAAGAGUAAAGGAAAUGACCUAUCAGGCUGAGGAAGAUCGAAAGAAUAUUCUGAGGCUCCAGGAUCUGGUGGAUAAACUACAACUCAAAGUAAAAGCAUACAAGCGACAAUCUGAGGAGGCUGAGGAACUAUCCAAUACAAAUCUCUCCAAGUUCCGCAAGAUUCAGCAUGAGCUGGAAGAGGCCGAAGAGCGGGCCGACAUUGCUGAGUCCCAAGUGAACAAGCUCCGGGCGAAGACCCGAGAAGUGCAUAAGAAGGUUAUUGUGAGUGAAGAAUAAGGUCCUCAAGAAGCUGCAAAGUGACUCAAGAGAAGCGCAAAAUGUGAAGCUCUUGGUCACUUCUUGUAACUACUGUCCAUUUUCCCUUAGUGUUUAGAAAAUAAAGGCUAUAGAGAAUGUUGCACAUUGAAAA